GUCAACUGGUUAUUUCAGCUUAAAAGCACAAAUACAGGAAGAGAAACCAACAAAAUGGUCACAUGCAGAAAGUCGGCUAUUUUCUACACCCUUAUUUGCUUUUUCCGAAUUUUUGGUGCAGGAUGGGGCUAUACUGGCACAGCAGACCAUUCAUUAUCUCUUAAGACUGAAGGAUCUGUCACUGUCCCGUGUCAUUAUGACAGGAAAUACACACAGCAGAGGAAAUUCUGGUACUCAGAUAUUGAUAAUUGGCCUACAUUCACAAACACAACAAUGAGAAAUCUGUCAGUAAUUGAUUUUCCUGAUCAGAGUCUCUUUACUGUGACUAUGAGAGAACUGAAGGGGAAACAAUCUGGAACUUAUCAUUGUGCUGUAGAGAUUGAUGGACAACCAGCAAAGGAUUUCCUUUCUUAUUAUCUCAAUAUCAAACCUGUUCCUGAUCUCUCUGUGGUGAACAGCAGUGUAACUGGACAGGAAGGUGGUAAUAUCAGAGUCCAGUGUUUCUACAGUUCUGGAUAUAAGAAUGAACUCAAACAGUGGUGCAGAUAUAAAGACAAGAGAUGUUACACAGUGGAGAAGACUGACACAUCCCAGAAUGCAUCAGUCCAGAUCAGUGAUGAUGGGAGUAAAUCCUUCAGUGUGGUGAUGACUGGACUGACAGAGAGUGAUUCUGGCUGGUACUGGUGCUCUGUAGGAGAUAAACAUGUUCCUGUUCAACUCACUGUGACUGCAGCCACUUCAACCACAGCCACCCUCUCUGAGAAUGCCAUAGGUACAACAAGAAAUGUUGAGAAUAAUAAUAUACCAACAGGCAUUGCAGAGCGGGAGAAUAAAACGCUGUCUGUGUGGCUUCCAACUUCAGCAGCAGUUUUGCUUUUAAUGGCUCUGAUCUGUGUUUUUAUCUGGAGAUGGAGAAAAACAUUCAAUAAAGAAGAAAGUAAAAACCAAAUGAUAGUGAGGAACAGCGCCAUGACCCCUGAAACAGGAUCUUUUAACCCGAAAGAUUCAGUGGUAUACAGCACUAUAAAUGAUGACAAACCAGAUACUCCUUCACCUGAUCCCAACACAGAGAUGACUUACAGUACUAUUACAGAUCUACCAGAAUGUAAAGAACAGUCUCCAGCAGGUGGAACAGUCUACAGCGCUAUCGCACCACAUUGAUCAACAGCGAGAAGUAAAACAGGAACAGCCUUUAGGAAGUGACUCUGUUUUACCAAAGAGAAAAAAUCAAAUAAUAGAAGAUUGUUAUCAAAACUUUCAUUUCAGUUCCAGACUCGUUUUAGUUCUACUGGAGUCAAACCUUCAACUUUCAGCUAACAGCUCAGCAGCUUCUUGAAAACUAGGCUACCAACAUCUAUAAUCACAAUUAUUAAUGCUUUAUUACCAACGUUAUAACACAAAUAUAAAUACUGAAUGCACUUGUGUAGAUGAUGUAACGUGUUCGCUUGAUUUUCAUUUUCCUCAUGGGGUUUGAAUUUUACACAUAAAUUGCUAAUCACGCCUGAACACCUGAAGUUUUAUUUGUAUUUUAACUCACAACUGGAUGUAUAUGUGUACAUCAUGGUAUGAGUGUAGUCCAAAUUAAUUGUCUAUCCCAACAUUGAUUUGUAUUUAUUUAUUUUAUUAGUCAGAUUCUGAAGUUUUAUUUGUUUUACUGACAACAGACAGCCCCGAGCUUUCCUGCUUGAUUGUUUUAUAGCACAUUGUACGUGAUUUGUGCAAAUUUCUGCAGGUGUUUGUUUUUGUAUGGGUUUUUGUAUGGAUUUGACUUUUGAAAAUUAUGCAGGGUUCAUCAUUUAAAACAUAAAAAAAUGAAAUGCUUGAAAAGUGUGUUUGUGCUAACUUUCUUUGAAAUA